AUGGGGAAUCAGGAGAAGGAGGAGAAAGAACAGGGUGUAGUGUCGACAACUUCACAAAGCUCGCAAGAGAAAUUUCAGAAAACUUCGUGGACUAAAGUGGUUCAAUCUAAACCAGUUCUAGCACGCCAUGAUUUCAACUACAAGGAGAUCGAUGGUACGCCAGUCGUGGAGAUACCUGAUGAUGUUAUUGAUUAG